AUGAUUGUUAUUGAAGUUGUCCAUCAUAUGAAAAUCAGCAAACGUAGUAGGGAUAAGAAUGUAGCGCUGAAGUUGUACAUCGGCAAGGGCUAUGUCUGUAUUGACCGGCUAUAUCUCAAAGAGGUCAUGCAAAAACUGGAAUUUGCAAAUCGUUGGGUUAGGUGGAUUAUGAUGUGUGUCGAAACGGAUGAUUAUUCUGUGAUUGUUAAUAAUGAGUCGGUGGGACCUAUAUUUCUUGGCAGGGGACUCAGACAAGGUGACCCUCUCUCGCCUUACCUAUUUAUCUUGUGUGCAGAGGGUCACUUAGCUCUUAUCCACAAAGGUGAAUGGAGAGAGGAUAUGCAUGACAUAUCUAUAUGUACUAAUGCUCCCGUUAUUUCUCACCUUUUAUUUGCAGAUGAUUGUUUCUUGUUUUUUUGGCUAAAUGAAAUAGAAGCGCACAUGAUGAAACAUAUCCUUGAAAUAUAUGAGGCAGUCUCUAGCCAAGCAAUUAAUCUCCCUAAAUCUGAAGUUUACUACAACCACAACGUAUCAGCCCCUUUGAAGGAUUUUAUCACGACAACUUUGGAUGUUCGAGCUGUUAUGGGUACCGGCAAAUACCUCAAUCAGUAG